GCAAUCACCACCACAAGAAGCUGGCUCACUAUGGCGCCUGAAGAUCAUGAAGAGGGUCCGAAGAAAAGGGCGAGGAAGCGCACCCGCAAGUCAAGAUCAAAAGCAAAGGGAAUCGAUGACGAUGGUCAAGAAGGCGAGACCUCAAUUCAGCAAGAAGAGCGACAGGCAGAGGCUCCUUCGACGUCAACAUCUACGCAACACCCCGCUCAAAGCGCUGACGUAGCAUCUCACUCAGCGCCCACAGCAGCCUCCAUCCUCACCUCGAAUCCGCACAAGCCCUCCGUCCUUCCGCGUCCCUCCAUCUACGGUCCACGCAAAUACACCCUGUCCGUAGCCAUCCCUUCGAGCAUCGUCUACAAUGCUCAGACGAUGGAACUCAAGACGCGCCUUGUUGGCUCACUGGCACGAGUCUGCGCCGUCUUCAAUGUCGACGAGAUCGUCGUUUGGGACGAUGGGACACCUCCGCCUGCAAAUGCUGGUGGGGGCGCUGGUGGACCUGGAGGGGGAGGCGCAGGCGGCCAGUACGGCAAUCAGCACCAAGACGGGCAGCAGCGAGGCAGAAAACGCAACUUCGACGAAGACGGUGCAGGUCCCUCCAACGGGAAUAAUGCACCGUUUGACGCCUCCCCUUUCAUGGCCAUGAUCCUGCAAUACCUCGAGACCCCGCAGUACAUGCGACGUCAACUCUUCCCCAUGCAUCCGCACCUACGUCUCGCCGGUCUUCUACCCCCGCUGGACUGCCCACAUCACUUGAGAUUUGAGGACGAGUCGCCAUUCAGGGAUGGCUUGGUCGUUGAGGCGCCACAUUACGCUGCGAGUGCGCAGAGUCGAGGUGCUUGGGUCAAUGUGGGACACAGGGAUCCGCUCCAAUGCGAUGUCCUUGGCUCGCAGGUCCCGCCAAUCGGGUCGAGGGUAACGGUGGAUAUGGCAAACUCGGUGCAAGGCAGGGGCACACUGGUGUCGCCGCGCACGCCUGUUCAGACGCAAGGGCUCUACUGGGGCUAUUCGGUACGGCUGGCUUCUUCCCUCUCGAAGGUGUUCACCGACUCACCAUUUCCCAGCAGCAGCAGCGAGGCAACCCCAGCAGAGUACGAUCUGGUAAUCGGCACAGCGGAACGAGGCGAUGCGCUCACCGACGUUCUCUAUGCGACCAACCUUGGUUCCGCCGUUCCCUCAUCCAAGGACGGCUCCUCCACCAUUCAACCCCUUCCGGAAUCUUUCGAACACGCCCUCGUCCUCUUUGGCGGUCUUUCAGGUCUCGAAGUUGCCAUUGAGGCAGAUGAGGGCAUCCCGUUGGGUAUGGAGGACGCGAGGGAGCUCUUUGAUGUUUGGGUAGACUCAUGCGAGGGUCAGGGGAGCAGGACGGUGAGGACCGAGGAGGCUUUGGUGAUCACGCUAGCAAGGCUCAAGACGGCCUUGGAGCAGAGGGGAAGGAGAUGAGUACUGGGGCGCAUACCUCGAGCGGGGUGCAUAAGUAGAUGGUGAUUUUGGAGGAGCUUGCUAGU